GCAACAGGUGUGCCAGAAACAUUAUUGAAACAACUGAUAGGACGCAACACGUGAGUCAAAAGCUCUUUAGCAAGGGAUGCAAGUGCAUACUGAUGCAUCGUUGGACUUCUUACUUUUGCCAAGAAGACAGGCAAUGUUUAUAUAAAAUGCCAUACCGCCGUUAAACAAAUAAACUGUAACUAAGACGUUAUAUAAAUAACAAUGGCACAAAGUGUUAUUUUAUGUGUAACCAUUCAAACAACUCUCCUUUUGAAGUCUCCUAAAACUAUAUUUCAGUCUAAUUUUUAUAGUUUAUUGAGUUCUGAAUUUUAAACCGCUGCAAAAUGUCCCUUUCAAGGAAUUGAAAAAACGUUUUCAUUCGUCUAUGCUUUCCGAAGCAAAGUCAUUUUGAUUUCGAAAAAUAUAUAACAUAGAAAAAUGUAUUUAUAAACAUAAUUUCAUUACUUUUGGAACGGAACAACGUAUGAUACUGAUUCAUCGGGUCAGAGAGGAAUGCGAACGACGACCAGCACACAAUAGUAAGAAACAAGAGAGAAUACGAUGACGAUGACCACUGGAGACAACAACGACGAUGACGACCACGACGACGUCGACGAAGGGGUCGUCGUCGAAAACGAGCCAUCCAAUUGGUUGUUUCGAUACAGGUGGAGGGGCUAUGGGGAAAAUCGGAGCUGGUAGGGGUUGCUGAAUGAGUACCGUGACGGGACGACGUCGCGACGCACUCCGUCGCAGCCACCCUGAGGGGUUACGGAUGUCCGAGUGCUUGCGAGGAACCUGAUCCGUGACAACGAACUUCAUUCUUUACGAGACGAACGACGGUCGUGUGUUUCAACGAAUUCGAAAGAAGAAACGACACGCUGCUGUAUCCGAACUACGAACCGUUUCACGAAAGUGAAAAUAUUGAACGAAUCAGAAGAUACACGAAAAAAAGCCGAAAAAUGCUGUUCGGGGUUACUGUCUUUGUCUAUGCAUUGAACUCACUGUGGAUAGUAUGUCAAGCAGUGCCUUUGUUGGACCUGCGAAACACACUGGAACAGAACGUUUUGGAUGCUAUGAUUACAUCGGCCUGUUCUUCAAAUGGAGAGUGUUGGGAAUGGUUACCGGUGCAGGAAGUUCAUAAAAACAUUGCUACCGAGCCAGACAAUCUACCGAUAUCAAAAACACCCACUCGAAGGCAAGCUCCAAAUAUAGAUCCAAAUACAAUAAUAGAAUCAUGGGACGAUAAUGCUCCAGCACUGGAGAAGAACAGUCAGUCACCACUAGCUGCUAAACGAAAUGGAAAUAGAUUAUCGAAGAAAGAUGUAAUUAUGUCUCGUGGUUGGGGUGCUGGUGGUAUGCCCUUUUCUAUUCUUUAUAUGAAUCCACAUGGUCCCCGUGGGAAUUAUGCAGGUAAUGAACAACAACAUGAAUUGGGAAAAGCAGUUGACAGUCCAACCCCGGCGAUGGGACAAUCUAAUUCUCGCAUUGCAGUUCGUAAUGGAGGUCCUACACUACCGCGAAGACAGUAUUCAAUAAUACCACAGCUUUUUAUAUCUUACGGUUGGGGUCCAUUCGGUAAAUGAACUACUACAGUAUGAACGAAAUAUUGAUCUCAUAUUAUUGGUAUAAAAGGUCAACUGUAGAAAUUUUUAAUCGUGUAUAGCUUCAAACAAGUAUUCUGCUAUACUCUGUACUUAAAUGCAACUUCACUUUACUGGCAUAAAUUGCAUUUUAAAUAAUUUUGUUUUUUUUAAGCAUUUAUAAAAGUUCUUUAAAUUAUUCAACGACAUUUUUGUAUAUAAUAUUUUUUAAAUACUCUUUAAAACUUUUUAUUCUAGUCCAUUAAAUAGUUACUUAAUUUUUUAACUAACUGUUACUUUUUUUUUAUUCCUGUCUUGAAAAUCUUACCUCACUAUCCAUUAAAGGGCCGUUAAAGGAUCUUUUGAUUUACUUUAACUACAAAAUCUUUUUAAAAUUCUAGUCUGUUAGAAACAUAUACUAAAAUAAAUUUUACUUUUUAUAAGAAGUAAACAUUACUUCUCCAAACGUUUCAAUUAUAUCAAAAUCAAUUUCUUCUACAAAAGAAUAAUUAUUUUC